GUGGUAAAGAAGAUUUUUCAAUGAAGCACAGCGCUCAUCCGAAAGCGUUAGCCGCCCCCAUUUUCUGCACCUCGUGUAAGAGAUUCAAGACGACCGCUGCUGCCCGGAGAUUGUUUGAUUUCCAAGUUGGCUUGCUGUGUGAAUCUUGACCAAGUGGUGGGAAGAGAGGCAGGGGCAUCCACCAUGCUUGAACUCGUAGAGAAAUAGUCCAAAGUAAGUAGGAGGAGGAGGAAAGCGGUGGUGGAAAGGGGGAUUUUUUUUCGUAUCCGGAGAUGAGCUCCUCAUGGAAUGUGGGUGCUUUACGACUAGCAACGGUUGCCUCCUGCUAUCUUUCAACCCAGAUGUCUUCGUUCCCAUCCAAGCUCAAUUUGAAACUGCAGAGGUUAUCUGUUAGCAACCUCGAGAAAGGAUCAGGACCAAUUAGUUCGCUGCCCACAAAUCCCCCAUCUCUCGUUUCUUGGCGUUCAUGGCCUUCUAAACAUGAACCCAAAACCUCACUUUCAGCUGCUGGCCUUGUGAAUGAGGUUGAAGAGGAGGGGAGAGAAGACCAACCCGUCGAAAUGUCUCAAUUCGACUUCAAGGGUUACAUGGCCGUCAAGGGACAAGCUGUGAACGGGGCUCUGGACAAGGCCGUGCCACUCAGGGAUCCUGAAACCAUCCAUGAGUCGAUGAGGUACUCACUUCUCGCCCCGGGGAAGCGUGUUCGCCCGAUGCUCUGUAUCGCGGCCUGUGAGCUGGUUGGAGGCAAGCAAGAGACGGCGAUGCCGUCUGCUUGUGCCAUUGAAAUGAUACACACCAUGUCUCUGAUCCAUGAUGACCUACCAUGUAUGGACGAUGAUGAUCUUCGAAGGGGAGUACCCACAAACCACAAAGUCUUCGGUGAAGAUGUGGCUGUUCUUGCUGGGGAUGCUCUCCUUUCCUUUGCCUUUCAGCACAUUGCAACUGCCACCGAAGGUGUUUCACCUGAUCGGCUUCUCAGAGUGAUUGCGGAGCUAGCAAAGGCAAUCGGAUCUGAGGGGCUUGUCGCUGGUCAAGUUGUUGAUAUGGCUUCAUCAGGGAUGUCUGAUGUUAGUUUGGAGCAUCUGGAGUAUAUACAUGUUCACAAGACAGCAGUCCUGCUAGAGGCAGCAGUGGUGAUCGGAGCAAUCGUUGGAGGCGGUUCAGAUGAAGAAGUUGAGAAGCUGAGAAAAUUUGCAAGGUGCAUUGGCCUUCUGUUUCAGGUGGUGGAUGAUAUACUUGAUGUAACGAAGUCUUCACUCGAGUUGGGAAAGACUGCUGGAAAAGAUCUAUUGGCUGAUAAAACCACCUACCCUAAAUUGUUGGGUCUGGAGAAGUCUAGGCAAUUUGCGGAAGAGUUGAACAUGGAAGCCAAAAAACAGCUUGCAGGAUUUGAUCUCAACAGGGCACUGCCAUUGAUUAGUUUAGCGGAUUACAUCGCGUAUCGCCAGAAUUAGAUUCUUUCUUUCUUCUUGCUCCAUUUGACUUUUCGUUUAUUACAGAUAGAGUGAGGAAUUUAUAUUUGGUGUUUCCAAAUACGUUGUUUAUGGCUUAUAGCUUGCCUAGUUGGAGAUGUUGUGAAAUCCCUCUUCUGCCUAAGCUCAUUUAGCCAUGUAAUAUUAUCGAAAUGUUUGCAUUGUAUACUGUUGAUGUAAGAAUCGUUUGGUAAUAGUUGACAUUUACAUGACAUGAACCAAUAAUGAAGGCAAUGUUUGCUGAUUUUCUUUUUC